UUCAGGAAAGAAUUUUGUUUAACGAUAUUGCAGAUACAUUCGGAUUGUAUAAGACGUUAAAAUUCAUUGUGACUCGGGAAAUAUAAUUUAUUCCUAAUAUAAAUGACAUGGCUGCUUCUACUACGAAAACGGACAGGAUGAAAACCCCAGGAAACAGUUAUUGGAAACAUGUACUGAAUCAUUAUGAGGAACGAAAUGCAUUACUUGAGAGGAAACAAGCUGCUCUGGUAGAAAGAUUACGUUUCAUGGAGUGCACUUUGCCUUCGUUGUUAAUGGGUGCAGUAGUAAAUAUGAAGAGUACUCCUGACUCAUUAAAAGCGCAAACAACAAUUGGCAGGUCGGGAAAUAAAAUAAAUCGCAGUCAGAAUUCCACUACCUCCAAUGGCAGACACUUGGUGAAAGCAGAUAGGAUACGUGCAAAGAAUAUAUUAAAUUAAUCAGAUCCCUACUUAAAAUAGUUAUUAAUGAAUGGAAUUGUAAUUAUAACUCUGACAUUGGACAGCGAACUUGAAAUAAAUUCAUCGUAGAUUUCUAGGUUGAGCUGUAAAAUU